CAAAAACAACAUGUGUGUGUUGUAAUUCUGCACAAUUCAUGAAAAGGAAAAUAAAAACCCUUCUGCACCCGAUUUGGGUUUUUGUUUCGUACAUUGGAAGCUGCCCAGAAGCUGGAACCGCCUCAUCAAAGUCUAAAUUUGGAAAUCUGACGUCUAGUGUGUGAUCCUGCGGAUUUCUGCGCUUGAUUCAUUGGAGCAGCCGAGGCUGCGAGCAGUUUGCUGGAGGCCGAAGUGAGCGAAGUAGGAAGACAUUAGUAAGACGUUACAAGGCAGAGGCUGAUUCAUCAGACAGCAUCUGACAACAGCGAGGCGUGGUGAGUUCAGGAACCGCGUUACUGCAUACUUAUUUUACACUUCACUUCAGCUGCUCCAGGCGGGAUCCAAGGUAGCAUCCUAUAGGGAGAAGGAAAGAUUAAUCGAAAGGUUAACACACACGUUAUGUUCAAUGGGCGGUGACUGUCGAAAUAUUGAACACUUGUCAUUGCGGGAGAGCUGCGAGGAUCUGCCUGGAAUUUCACAGCCGAGGGGCGUUAGAGGACACAGAGAGGAGAAGGGGAACCCAAAGACUAUCUUUUUUCAGCCGGCGAUGGAGUUACCAUGACAACUACUGAUGUGUUCCCGGAGUUUGCUCCGCCAAUAUGCGAGCCAGCCGCCGGGCCGGCCCACAAGAAGCGGCGGAUGCUGCACACUCUGGCGGCAGUGGCUGUCCUUCUCGCCACCGGCACCACCAUAACCAGCCUCAACAAAUGCAUCUUCGCCGUCUACAAUUUCCGGUACCCCCUCCUGCUGUCGGCGCUUCACAUGCUGACAGCCAUUGUUAUCGACUACGCUUUGAUCCGGAUGGGAUUCGUCAACCUGGAGAUUAAAGAAGUCACCGGGUUACCUGCUGCUGCUAAAUUCAAAGUGUUCCUGCUCAGCUUGACCUUCUGUGCCACCAUCGGCUUUGGCAACAUGGGACUGAAUUGCGUGCAGCUCUCCUUUGCACAAGUGAUCUCCACCACUACUCCUCUAUUUACUAUAGCCAUAUCAAAGCUCUUUCUGGGUAAGGACCAUCACAUCCUCAAGUACACUGCCAUGAUGCCCAUCUGCCUGGGAGCAUCAUUCAGUCUCAUGGGUGAGGUGCAGUUUGAUCACAAAGGAUGCCUCUACAUUUUUGCUGCAACUAUGUUGAGAGGAGUGAAGUCUAUCCAACAAAGUAUUCUGCUUCAGGAAGAAAAGAUCAACUCUGUCAUCCUGCUCUAUUUGAUGUCCAUCCCAAGUUUCUGCAUCCUUAUUUCAGCUGCUUUACUGCUGGAGGGUGGCAAUGAAUGGGAAUCAUCGGCCAAGUAUGACAACAAACUUUGGAUAUUCAUCCUUCUUAGCUGCCUAGGCUCAGUCCUGUACAACCUGGCAAGCUUUUGUGUCACCACACUUACCUCUGCUGUCACUCUACAUGUUCUGGGCAACCUCAACAUGGUUGGAAACCUUGUCAUUUCACAAGUCCUCUUUGGCAGCGAGAUGACUGCGUUAAGCUACGCUGGAAUCGGGCUAACGCUAACGGGUGUGUUGAUGUAUCAGAACUCAGACUUAAUAACAGACUAUCUGAAUUCAAGAAUUAGGCAUCACGAUGAGCAAGACAAGUUAAAAACUGACUGAAAGAAAGUCUUGUGUAUAGACAGGAAAUGAUGUAUUUGUAAUUCAGUAGAGUUAAAUUUUUGCCAAACUGCGGGCAGACAAAAUACUAAAGUUAUUAAAGUAAAGCACAUUGCCUUAUUUAAAUUCAUGUUUUACUCAAUAUUUUGUCCCAUUCAAAUGUAUGAAGAGUCUGUGACUGGAAUUGUAUUGAAUACAUUAGCCCAGAUUAUUAAAGAGCUCAAUUUUUAUUUUAAA